AUGGGGAAGCCCAAAGGUGGAGGAGAAAAGAAGAUAAGUAGAAGCUCUUCUAGAGGAGCGGGCUCCAGUUCCAGAGGAGACGGUAAAAGGAAGAUAGUUCUGAAAAGGAAGCCGUGCCCCAUUCAAGGAAGGGCAUUUCCCGAUGCCACAAAGAUAGAGAGAGAUCUCUUGAUGCAUGGGACCAUCAAGGAUAAGAUUGAUGUUCUCACGCUGCUGACGGAGAGGAACCCUUCUGCGGAAAACUACAAGGGGCUCCUUGCAUUCUGUGAGAACCAAAGAAACGAUAUUCAUUACUAUGCCCUCAAGAACAUCAAGGAUCUUCUCAUAUCGAAGAAGGAGGUUGGGAAUCCAUACAUCAAGCAGAGGAUCAUUAAGUCCUUUGGUGUAAGUCUUCGGAACCAGUACAUAAAGAAGAAGGUUAUGAGGUUGGUGGAGAAGCUUCUGGAAAAGGGUGUUCUGUUUGUGGAUCUGAUACACCUGUUUAUCAACAAGCUGGGGGACAAGAAAGACAUGACUGGGCAUGUGAUUGACAAGCUACACCUCCUCUUUCCUGGAAACGAAGAGACCAUCCUCGAUGGGGUUGAGGAUUUCUAUUUCAAGAACGACUUAUUUAGGUCCAGGCAUGUUGUGUUGAAGUUCCUAUCUAGGUUGGACUGCGAAAACAAAAGAAAGGCCUUUGAAUUGUUUAACAAUAUUCUCAGAGAUUUCAAUGAGAACAUCCCCGAGGAGCAUAGGAAUAUCCUGCUAGAAGACUUGAUUAUUGGACUGGGAAAAAACAUGACGGAUGAGAAGGUAUGCAGAGUAGAUGUCAUAAAGAAAGCCGUGCAUACGGAGAAGAUGGUGUUCUACGGGAGUAAGGUGCUGUCCAACUGCAAAGAACCAGAUAUGCUUUCGUUCUUUAAGAAUGCAGUUAGGUCAUACAACAUGAGAAACUCAAAAUACCUGCCCGAGUUUCUCAACAUGAUUCACGAGGCUGGCUCUGCAGCGGAAGGGGAGAAGUUCCAUAAGUUUCUUCUGGACACAUCACUUCUGUAUACUCCGGAGUAUAUAAUAUCGAUACUGAUUAUAUGCUCUGAGGCUAGAAAAGCCGGUGUGAGUGGAUUUGACAACAUCUAUAGCCUCAGGAUUCUUACUUUGCACCACAAUGACGUGGUUAGAAAGCUUGCACUCCAGCUCAUUGGCAAUGAAACAAUCCAUCCAUUUGACCCGUUCGAUAAGAUGAGUCUUUUAAACGCUGAGAUGAUGUGCGGCGAUCUGUGA